CUGAGCGGGCACGGCAACAGAGACGCGAUAUCCUGCGCCGGCUUCUGGCUUGAAAACCGGGGAAUCACCACUUCACUUUUGUGUCCCCACAGCCUCCUCCCGUCAGCCACUGACUCUGGGCGGAGCUGUCCUUGGAGUGACCAUGGUUCCUGGAAACGGAAAGCCGAUAACUGACCUCCAGAGCUCUGACCAUGAAUUGCAGGCGGGCGUGUGGACGGCCUACUGAUCUGUCCGUCAGUUGGCCUCGGAUCGGUGAGGGGGGCGGAUCGCUCGGAGGCGCGCUAUUCUCUGAAGCUAUCGGCACAAGAAGAGAAAAAGCCAAAAUUUCAGGGGCCAAAUCCUUGACUCGGCCUAUAGGGAAAGGGCUGGCGAGUAUGGCAUAGCCCCCCAGUGCCAGACGAGGGGCACCAGUCUGUAUGUAUACUGGUUCCAGCCGCGAGAGGAUGAACCAGGUUUGCUCGCGGAGUGAAUCAUACUCUGUAUUAAGGUCUUAUAGGAACCAAUCAUCAGGAUCAUGCAGGACCGUGUUCUGAGGUCAGGGACUACGGGCCACUAUCCUGAGUUUAAAACAUGGAUUCCAGGUGAUUACAAAACUCUCGCCGUGUGUGAGUCUGACUACGAAGACUUUACUCAUAUUGUAAGAACUGUGCAUUUUGAAGACUAUCUGCAGGGAAAAUUGCGUGAUACUCUAAUACCCUAUGAGACGGAAGUCAGGCACCGCACCCUACUCCCAGAUGGUAUAAAAGGGUUAUGGUUUCGUGUUCUGGACUCUGAAACAGAGAAAGACAUAAUGAAAGACGGAGACUGGUUCGGAAAUGUCAUGUACAAAGUAGAUUUUAAUGAAUUUUGUGACAAAUUUUUGUUUACGAAGAAGUAUAAGGCUUACUUCAUGGAGGUGAUUCAAUACAAUUUCUCCGCUUCUACGAGAAUUUUGAUUGCUUCACCAGAUUCCUCAAAAUUUGGUAUGAAAUCUGGAUGGGGAUUCAAGGAAUCUGGUGAUGAAUUUACUCUCUUUCCGGAAUACGACCAUUUAAAACCCGGAGGACCCUGGCACCAAUUGGAUAACCAAAAUAGGUAUCUAAGCAAUCACAGGAAGUAUUUCGAAGGCACAAUAGAGAAACAAUGCAACAGUACACUCGAGUUCUUUCUCGUGUUGGACGAAGCAGAUAUACAACAACUGUACACAUUGUCGGAUGUAAGAAGUGUUCCACACUAUCCAGAUCACAAAAAGAAAGAGGGUCAACGCAGCUGUCACAAAUACAGGAGUGGCAUAUUACAUAAGUGGUGCCCAUCGCAUUGCAGUAUUGAGCAAACUGACGCUGUACGGGCUGACAUAGAGGCCAUUACAGAAAAAGAGGAGAACAAGGUUGCUGCAUGCCAUAUGUUACAGAUUGUGCCAGAUAUACUGGACAAGAUCAACGAAAGAUGUAGAGGAUUUAAAAUUGAAAAUGUAGAUUUUGAGGUGAUAGUAACACUAACAAAACAAAGUCAAAAAAUUAUUGAGGGCUUGUCUUAUGAGGAUGGUUGUAGGAGACAACAAGUGGCACACAAGGUGGAAGAAAUAUUGAAGAUAUUGGAAAAGUUUGUAAGUAACGAACUCGAUCAAAUACGAAAGAGUUUGAGAAUGAGCUUAGAUGAGAAUAGGGAUCGGAUUAUGGAACAAAAAAAUAUAGUGACACACAGAGUACAAACUUGGAUGCAAAGGAUGAUAAAAGAAAUAAAAGAACAUCUCUGUCAACAGUAACUGGCGAUACUUGUUAUGGGCCAAUUAUCGGUAUAUAUCUUCCUAAGAUGGGUAAAUAAGAUUUCUCCAUUAUCCUUUAUUACUUUUAUUCAUUAUUCUCAGUUCCUGCUUUACAAAUAAUCUCGGUGGAAACUUCCCACCAACAGCCAGUUCACCUAUGGUACGAACCACACUGAUGUUCAAUAACAGACUGAGCCCAAAGGAAAGAUAGAUCAACUCUCAACCCAGACACAGGCAAUGAUUUCAUGUCAAAAUCCUUCCGAAUCUGGAAUCAAAACCACACACACAUCGGAGAGACAUGAAGACACUCGUGUGUCUCCUUCAUGUGUUUAGAUAUUAAUGAACUCUUUCAUUUGUUACAAGGUGACGGAGGAACGGGGUUAUGUCCGCGCUGUUGUGUUUUCUUCAAAAAUGUUAUUGGGAGCUUAUGCUUAUAUAUAUAUAUAUAUAUAUAUAUAUAUAUAUAUAUAUAUAUAUAUAUAUAUAUAUAUAUAUAUAUAUAUAUAUAUAUAUAUAUAAAUAUAUAACACUAAGAUUUUUACUGCAUAUCUGUAACAUGAUGCUGACGACCAUACUCUCAUCAUGAGGAAUUUCCAGUGUUCUCGCUUUAUCAUUGUUUUAUAAUGUCAUGCUUACAUGUGCCAGAAUUGUGUAUUGCUAAAGUUAUUCAGAGAGACAAUGCUUGCCUAAUAAUGUCUGUUUCUGUGUCAGUCUCUAUGUGACUAUCUUAUCUAGUUGUUUUUACGAAAUUGAACUUGUGGGGUGAUGAGCUUCAGCUCUUUGGUCCCAUCUCUCAACUUUUCAUUAACUGGUGUACAGGUUUCCGAACAUAA